UUUUUUGGGGAACUGUGUAAACCCCCCCUCUUAAUACUCUAAUGCAGAUGCUUUAAGAAGUUAUUAACAGAGCAGAGUCUCACUAAAUAACUGUAAGUUUGGUGUGUUCGGUCAGCCUGCCCGAACAAUAACUUGUAACAUCCCACACGAACUCAUCUCUCUAUAUAUAAACAUACUUGCACACAUUGUUAUUUCCUCUCAAACAACCCUAAACGAACAAAAGCUUGUCCUCUCAUCAUGGCAUCAUCUCUUCCUCAGUUCUACUCCGAUUUCACAUUUUCAGGUGAGACUCCGUCGCAGUUUCACGGCUCGUCUUCAUAUCCUGACGUCUCAGCUCUAUCCAAUUACUUUGACGACGGCUACGGCUCCUUCAACCCAUCUUCUAACCCGGAAUCCAUGUUUUUCCCGCAAGUUUUUGGGGUUUCUGACGUUUCUGUGCCGGAUUACAACAAUUACUACCAGAAAGUGGGUGUGAAUGUGAAUGGCGCACAAUACUUUCAUGUUGGGGAUCAAGAGUGCUACGGCUAUUCACCGGAGAUCAAGCCCUUGUUCCAUCCGUCCACUGGAGAGAAAUCCUGGCAGGGAAAUAGUGAAGGAGGGAUACAAGCUGAGCCGAACAUAAAAGUGGGACGCUAUUCGGUUGAAGAACGUAAAGACAGAAUCAUGAGGUACUUGAAGAAAAAGAACCAACGCAACUUCAAUAAGACUAUCAAGUAUGUGUGUCGUAAAACCCUAGCUGAUCGGCGUGUUCGUGUUCGAGGACGGUUUGCUAGAAACAAUGACACAAGUGAGCAACAAUCUCACAUGUCUAAGAAUCACAACAACCAUUCUGAAAAAGACGAAGAUAUGCUUUCUGGAUCAGACGACUAUCUAAUCCAGCAGAUGGAAACCGACGAUGGAUGGCUUCAAGAGGCAAUGUCUAAUCUGAUUUCAUUUCCUUGUGAAUUGAAUGCUCCUGGAGAUGCUCAUCAUCCAAACACAUGGAGCUUCUGAUCCUAUACUACCUCUCUCUCUUUACUGCUGAAUCAGUUAAUUAAUGUCGCUUGGUAUAAAAUUUGAUCGAUUAGUUCAGUUUCAUUAUAAUUAAGCAGGUUAGUUAUUUUAUGAUAUAUUUGUUAUCAUAAUAUACUUAAUUAUUCAUGGGGUUAAUGAACAUGAAGAUUCUGCCUAGAAUAUAAAUAAAAGAACUUCAAUUGAUCAUCAUAUCCUUUGAUUGUCACUUGGUCAUCACAUCUAUGACGUGAGAAUAAUUUCCGCCAAUAAUGAACUCAAUACAAGAGCAAAUUGUUCCUUCCUGCUAAUUAAUUUAUUAAUGUCUUUAAAAAACUUUCAAGAAACUAAAGCUCUAUUCAAAAUCCAAAAAAAGAAUGAGAUGAUUCUUUAAGGGAGGAGUUAAAAAGAUUGCUGAGAUUAUUUACGGCAAGCAACACCCUUUUACGAUUCGAAUAAAUUGGCGAGUCGAUAAAAGAUUAAUUAACUAGUGGAUUCAUAUGGAACCAAUGUUUAUUAAGGAAUAUAUGAUGUAAUUUUAAGGGAUCAUAAGACGAAUGACUUAACUUAAUAUAGCUUGUGGCCUUCUUUUCUUUCUUUUUCAAUGCUUAUAUAUGAAUGGAUAUAAACGAAUAAUGCCGAUUAAUUGGUCGUAAUAACAAAACACAGGAACAUGAUAAGUUGUACACCAAGUUCUUGCAACGAUAGGUGGGGAGCUAGGGAAUCCUGUCUACAAAUUAAAGUUGAUUGAUAGGGUGCAUAAAUAGAGUGUAAACAUAGAGAGAGAGUGGAGAGGAGAGACAUGAUAUACGGAACCAAGUUCCAAUCACCUUUUUAAGACAUAUAAUUCUUGAAACAAACAUAUAUAAUAAGGCUUCAAAAAAUCUGUAAAAUAUAUUCUCUGAGCUUGUCCCCUUUAUUUUCUGUUUUGACGAAUAUAUGUGAAGUUGAAGGCUGAAGCCCUUCUCAUCUAUUCUUUUUAUUUUUCCAUUUUUCUUCUCAACACACUUCUAAAUUCCGGUGAUAGUUAGUUACCUAACCACAAAACUGAUAUAUGUAUAUUUUAAUUUGUUCCAUUUACAUCUUACUUAUUAAUAUUAUGUUGUUUAGAGUGAUAUAAAAUUAACAUGUUCUGUUAAGGCCUAAGACAGAAAACCAAAAGUCCAAAACAUGAUAUUACAGAGAUAGAAUAUAUUAUCAUCUUUUUAUUCAUAUUAAUAUCAUAUUUUAAAUUCUACAUAAAUGUCUUAUAGAAUUUGUAAUUAUUCAACAUAAAUGUCUUAUAGAAUUUGUAAUUAUUCAACCACACAAUCAAUUAUUGAAAAAAAAUUAAACAAAAGAUAUACACCUCAAUUUGUGCUCCCUUAUUCUUAUUUUAUGCCUUAAUUAAUAAGAGUUCAUACUAAUCACUUCUCAAAACGGAUUCAAACAAAAAGUCUUACAAUGUUUAAAAAUCAUAGAAAAAAUAUAUUGAUAUUACUGAAGUGAGUUGACUCUGUUUAUUGACUUAGGUACACGCAUAUGACUCAAACUAUCGCAGAUGCUUAAGUCAAAACCAUGAUAGAAAGAUCGCAUCAAGUAAUCAUUAACUGUUAUCCUCCCAUUGUCAGUUUUCUUUCAUACAUCAAGAAAGAUAAUCAGUGUUUACCCAUGUUUUCAAUAAUUUCGGUGAACUCCCACUACUCCAACUUUUUUUGUCUUCUAUGUAUUACUGGUCAACUUGAACAGAAAAAGGCAAUAGGAGUUGAUAUUUUUUUUUUUAACAAGUGAUAAGAAGCAUUAUUUUAAUAUAAGAUAAAUUCAGGUAUUCACGCUGGUUAAUUAAGCACUUAAUCUGAAAACAAUAUGUAAUAAAUUAUAAUUUUCAUAUAGUAUAAUGUAUUUUGAAGGAACUGCGCUUUGUUCAAAAAAAAAAAAAGGAACUGCGCUUUCACAUGUUGGGAUGCGUUGAAAAUAUUAUAUAGAAAAUGCUUUAUUUGUCCACUUCACUAAAAAUGUUACAAAGAUUCGGUGUUGGAUUUUCCAAAUUUCAUAAAGCCUGUAUUACCGUUACAGCAGUGAAGGUCGCUCUCUAUGCAUGCUGAAAACGAAAGCUACAAUCAACAACUUACCCCUUCAAUUGAAGAAAGAGCUGCUAAUAUGUCUAAUUUCAAAUCCUGGCCUCAGCUAUAUUAUUUAUGUUUUAAUGCAAUUUUGACAUUCCCAUAUAUAUCUUGGAAAAAGAUAGCAAAUCAGGACAAUUUUAUUCCUAUUUGGCUUUAAAUAUAAAUUAUAUAUAAGUCAACAAUUUAUGUUCUUUUGGUGCAUUUUUAAGGACCAAACUUUCUAUUUAAUACAUUCGUGUUUUGCAGCUAAAUAAAUUACAAGAGAAAGUGCAGCUCUUUUGGUAAGAAGGUUGGUCAUUUUGUUGCUUGAUUAUUCUAUUAUGGAUGAGGAGUUUGAUUAUGGGAAUCAUAUAACAUAGGAUUAUGCAGCUUAUUAAAGUGGUGUUGCAUCCAAUAAAGAAUAUACAAUGAGAUCAACAGAGCCACGUGUUUUCUAAUCAUGCAGCAAUUGAAAAUGUUCGAAAAAAUAAAACAAGUAAACAAACUGAGCAUAGUUCGUGGGAUUUUGGAAAAGAUCAUGCAACGAUGGCCAUAAGACAGGGUCCGACAGAAUCUUUAUAGAAAAUUAUCAGUUACUAGACUUGAUGGGUUGACCUUUCCCACUGAGCUGGAAAAAACUGACCUAAUCUCCGUUUAUAUGAUUUUAAGUCACUUAAAUAUCCAAUCAUGACAUCGAUUAACAAAGUUCAAAUCAGAAAGUGGGAAGCUAAUCAAAAUAAAGACGCCUUUAGGCUUCUUAUUGCAUGCAACUGUGUAACAAUAGCGAUCUUUGUUACCCAAAUGCGAGGUUUCACUUCCAUGGUCUCUUUCACAAUUUUCUCUUCUUGACAAGACAUCCCUCUCCCAUCUCCUUUUCUCCACUAAUUUCUUUUACACUUUAAAAAACACCUUGAAACAGUUAAAAGGUGAUCCUGCACAAUUUAGUUCAACAUAUAAAACUGUCUAGCUUUAACAUUUUAUAGGGGUUGAAACAAUAUUGCAAAACAUUAGAUUUUCAAAAUUCAUAAUUUUUACUUAUUUCUUAAAACAAAAACUAGAUUUUGACCCGCGCUUAAGAAGCGCGGAUAUUUUUUUGCUAAUCGUUACGCCAAUAUUAAAUGAAUUUAUAUCUAUUUAUUAGAUAUCUAUAAUAUUUAAAAGUUGUUCUAUUAUUAUUUUUCACUCCGAUACAAUGUUUUCACUGAGUUUUCAUAUCCAAUUCAGACUUGUAGUCGAAUCGAUAGAUCCAGUUAUUCGUAUAGAGUCAAGUUAGGAUAUAAUAAAACGAAUAUGGUAAAAAUACAUUAAAAUAAAAAAAUCGUUAUUAAUGCAAUGAAAAGAAUAUAAAUUUGAUUUUUGUUAUAGAUAUUUUGAUAUAUCAAUAUAUAUUUGGCUUGCAUAAGAAUUAUUUUUUUGUAUGUGAAUCACGCUUUCAGUUUCGUUUCUUUGCUGGUUUUUUUGUAGUGUGUUUGGUUUCGAUAGAGUUGAUGGAUAAAGGUUUCUGACAGUGUUUUGAAACCCGAUCCGGACCCGCAGUUAAACAGGUAAAUCUGGUGACCCAAUAUAAAUGCGGUUAGGGUUUUGUGAAAAAGCCAAAAUUUAAAAACCCACAAAACCCCUAAAAACCCACUAAAAUCCAAAAUCCGAUACCGGUUAAACCACUGGUUGAACCAAUAGAUAACUUAUACAUUCUAAUGUUUAAAAUGUUUAAUUUUUAUUUUUUAGAUUCUAAAUUUCUAAUUAAAAAGUUGAAGAAGAAGAACAUGGCAAGCUUGAUUAUACAUUCUUUGUUAUUGACAAUUUAUUACAAUGAUGUUUUACUUUUGGUUUAUUUUGGAUUGAAUUUUAGUUUAUUAUUCACAUUUGACAUAAAUAUUUAUGAAUUUAAUGUUUUGAUUUUUUUAGAUGUCAUAAUUCUUAACUUGUUACAUAAUUUUUAAAUAUUCUAAACUAUUUUUUGAUAUUUUGUAUGUCAAAUGAAACUAAAAAUAUGAAAAAUUAGUUAAUUAUUUUUUAAAUGAUUUUAAACAUAAAAUAUACAUAUCCAAACUAUUAUUUUAUGUUUAAAAACAUUUAUAAAAUAUUGACUUUAGUUUGUAUAUUUUUAUUUUCAUAGUUAAUAUAUUAUUAUAUAAUAAAAUUAAUUCAUCAAUUAAUAUCCGGUCGAUCUAGUGACCCAAUGACCCGGUAAGUCGUCCGGUUCAGUGUCCGGUCGAUUUUCAAAACACUGGAUUCUGAGGUAGUUUGUAUUUAUAAUAGGAGAGGUUUAUAGUCAAUGUAGGUUAAAAUAAGUUAUGAUAGAAUAUAUUGUAAUCAAUGUAGAUUAUCAAAAAUCUUGGUAAAAAAUAUAAGUAGGAUCGAUUAAAUAUUUUGAUUGAUAGAAUUAAGGUAAAUUAUGUAAUUGGCCGUACUAAAUAAACUUGUAGAGGAAGUCAUCAGAAUUUUAAGUGUCAUAGUUUGUUACGAACUUAAAUUUUAAAUUUUAAAUUUGUGAUUAGCAACAAAGCUUAUCAUUUAAAAUUGUAAAUUGAAGUCGAUCUUUAAAAAAAUGUGAUUAGCAACGUUGGUAACAAAAUUUUGUACAAUGGUGAUGUAUUUGAAGUUAAUUGUAUAUAUUAUGUAAAUACUACCUGAUGAACAUUGUGGUAUGUAUUGUGUUUUAAGUUUUUUUAUACACACAUGAUUGAUAUUUUAAUAAGUGAUAUUGAAUAAUGUGUUCACAUAUACGAUUUUUCACUCAGGAAGAGAAGACAUGUAAAGACAGUGUGAAACAUCCAAGAAGGUUUUUCAUUUUAACAAACAGAAGUUGCACGAUGGCAGGAUAAAGAUGUGAUGAAUAAUGUGGUAUUAUCGUAUAACCUAUAGUGUCUUAGGUCUUUAAUACAAAUCAUGUUUGAAGUGUAAUUUUCGUAUUAAUUUAAUAAGUAUAAUAUGUUAUAGGUUUAGAAAUAGCUGGUGGGUCAUAUAACCGAAGUUAGUUUUGGUACAAACUGUUAGUUUCAUAACUAUAAUAUGUCACGGUUUAGAAAUAGUGUGUGGCUCUUAUAAUUUAUUUUGUUUUGGUACGAUGGUUUACUAAUCCAUUAAACGGUUUAGAAUUAUAAUAAUGUAACCAGUCUGGUAGUUAGAGUAAAAAACGGACACAUAUAUAAGGUUAAAUAUCUUGUCACAUAUUAUUACAUGUAGAAGGUAAGACCAAAAAAAUAAAAAUAAAAAUAAAUGGUCCAAAAUGACUUUCAUAGGUAGAUUUAUCAAAACUCCUUCCAUUUUAAUAGUAUUGAUUUUGUUGUAUAAUUGGUGGGAUACUUUCUACAAUCAAACAUUGCAAAAUUUGAAUAUCAAAGAAAUAAAGCAAAUUUUGACUUUGACUGAUAUGUAGUCCCGCCAAAGUCAAACUUUACACAAAUGUUUUACACCAAUCACAACACAAUUAAUAUAAAAGCCGAACUUUGCUUUCAUCCCAGAAAGACAUCACUUUUUGAGUCUUACAUCACUCAGUCAUGGGAAAUAUCUGCUGCUGCUGCACCAAAGGAAGGGGAAGCAAUGUUCCUCCGGCGACAGAAACAACUACUGUUCAACCACAAUCACAUUCACAGAGUCUAGUUAAUAAAUCUGUAUCCACAGCUUCGAGGUCGUAUCAUUCGGCCCAUUCUUCGCUGGCACCUCUGCCAGAGCGGUAUCGUGACGGAGGAAGGUGAGAUUAAGCAUAAUGUGAUGAAGCAGUUGCUAUUGGUGAAUGUGACCAUAUAUAAGCUGUAGAAUAUUUUAUAAUAUUCAACUUUAUAACAUGUAAUAAUAAUAUGCAACUUUAUGAUCUU